AUGGCUGAGCCACGAACCAUCCCAUUCAUCCUACGGCUCCUCGUCGCCUGGAUAACCUACUACUACACAAUCUUCCACGACAAUGUCUCCGAGAGCUUCGUAGGCCUGAUAGAGUCUGGCGUCUUCGAGGACGACGAAGAGCAGUCCUCGUCCUGCGGGAGCGAUUACGGCGACAACCGCCGUCAUAGAGCGCGGAUACGAAAGCGGAAACACGCUCUGUGGGUUGAAGACCUGCAACACAUGCGCGAGAACGACUUUCAGGAUCUCUUCAGGAUCAACCGUUCAAUUCUGGAGCACAUUGUGGCAGGGAUGCAACACUACCUUGAGCCGAUUGUGCAACGAUCCAUACUCACCAUGUACACUGCAGUGCUGAUCCCUAUCAAAUACCUGGCAUCUGGAAUAUCGUACGUAGACAUCUCGUACCUGUUCGGCAUCUCCAAAACUCUCUGCCACGAGGUGGUCGACGUGUUCCUCUCGCACUUCCCCUCCGUCUUCAAGGCCGCCUGGGUGCGGUUCCCCACCCGUGAAGAGCUUCCAGAGAUGGCGCGGGAGUUUGCAGCCGUCAAGGGUGUACCUGCUGUGGUGGGUGCUGUGGACGGCACUCACAUACACAUGAAGGGGAUGGAGGGGCACAGGACAGAAUACUGGACAAGGAAAUCCGCAUAUGCUGUACAACUCCAGGUCACAUGUGACGCACGAGGGAGAAUAUGGGACUACCUUAUCGGGUAUCCCGGUAGCGCUGACGACAUGCGUGUUUUCAAGGAGUCUGCAUUACUUGAGCGGUUACAGAACGGGGACAUAGCCCCAUACCAGAUCGUUGGCGAUGCGGCCUACCCACUACGGGAGUACUGCCUAACACCCCUGCAUGCCCCACGAGGAGAGGACCUCAUGGACGACUGGGCACAAACUUUCAACUACUGCCAAAGCGCCACACGCAUGGCCGUCGAGAGAUGCAUUGGCGCGUUCAAGGGGAGAUGGCGCAUCUUCGGCCAGCGCAACGACUGCAGGCUGUGGCGCUUACUCGCCGGGGCCGCGUGCAAGUCUGAGAUCUUGCGCCAUCCAUUCACGGACGAGGCCUUCGAUGCGGUUCAUAGCGUCGCCAUGGGCAGUCCUUGA